AUUUAAAAGAAAGAAUUAGCCACAUAAAACACACUCAUUUUAUAAAGAAAAAUAAAGUUAAAAGAUCAGAAUGAUAUUAAGAAUUCUGGGGGAUGUGACGUUGUUUGUUUAGAACGCAAAAUCUGCGUAGCAACUAUUCCAACUUGCGUACGUGACUGAAACGUUUCAUAAAUGUUAGUUGAUAUAGUAUAGACGUGAUAAACGUGUACUGAAAGGCACCAUAUGUCGCUUUCUUUUGGUGUGGUUUAAUCCCGGUGUAGUGUAAAUGUGCAGUGUCAUGCUUUCGGAAAACCCCUCGGUGCGGCGUAUGGAUUAAACCAGCGGUCAACGGCAGCGAGCACGUUCUCGCUAUCUGUCACACGGCAUGCGGAGUCACGGCAGAUAAAUAUUUGUGGCUGCUAUUUGGCAAGCAGUCCGAGCGAAUACAGGACAGGCGCUGAGUUUGGUUUGCCCGCUCCAUUCUAUAAAGUCAUAUUUAUUUUUGUGGAAUUAAGCGGGAGGAUUAUAUCGCAGGGAGGAGUGCAGGUGGAGGCUGUGUAUUUUGGGGUCAUAUUUGCUGGAUAGGAAUGGUGUAGGGCGAGGAGGCCCUGUAGAUGUGUGUCAUGAAGCUUCUCACCGCCUGAGUGACCUCAUAAAGGGAGCACUUUCGCAUUCAAAAUGAUGAUGCAUAAGCAGUCGGCCCGUACCUCCCCGGGCAGCGUUUGUUCUCUGCGUGGAGGAGGUGUUCCUGGAUCCCCGGCCGUCACUAUAGUGGCCAAAAUGGACAAUCAAGUGAUUGGAUAUAAGGAUCUAGCAGCUAUACCUAAAGACAAGGCCAUUCUGGAUAUAGAGAGGCCUGACCUGAUGAUGUAUGAGCCCCACUUCAGCUAUUCACCGAUGGAGAGGUCAUUAUCUCCUCGUUCAAUCUCCCCUCCUCCAUCCCCAGAGAACACUCUAUCAAAGGAUGUCUAUCAGAGGGAUUGGUCAGAGCCCAAGUCGUCAGGCAGCUCGUCUCCAGCGUCCACACAGCUGAGUAAAAGCAUCACCGUCAGCACAAAAGUCCCACACCAGCAACAGCACUUCCACAGGCCAGACAAUGGAACCGACAUAUACAAGAAGCCACCAAUAUAUAAACAAGAUGUCUCAGCAGCCGCUCCACACAGUAAACACAUGGAGGAUUUAAUCAUUGAGUCUUCAAAGUUUCCCGCCGCACAACCUCCAGACCCCAACCAGCCCUCUAAGAUAGAGACGGACUACUGGCCCUGCCCUCCCUCACUAGCUGUUAUCGAGAAAGAGCGGAGGAAGAGUGUGGCGUCCAGGGUGGCUGAGGGAGAGGAGGGUGAGGAGGAUGAUAAAUAUGAUGACAGUGAUCUGUCUGAAGACAUGUGGAGACUUCGGCAAAUGCAGAAACAAGAGCUCAACAAGAUUCAAUCCAAUCUAGGAAAAUUGAUACUAAAGGAGGAGAUCGAAAGUACAGCCCCUGUCCGAAGGAAAACACAGUCUCUGCCCGACAGGACACACAUGCAUCUGGCCUCCAAAUCCCCCUCAUUUCCUUCCUACACUAAGACUGGCCUGACUAGGCUCCAGUCUGCAGAGUUCUCCUCUUCAAACAGUGAUAAAGGGAGUCAAAAUUUCCAGAACGGAGAUGCCCAAAGCAGAAGAAUAGACAGAGGGAAUUCACUCCCUAGUAUGCUGGAACAAAAGAUUUACCCAUAUGAGAUGCUCAUUGUGACACACAGAGGCAGAAACAAGCUCCCUCCUGGUGUAGACAGGACAAGACUGGAGAGGCACCUGUCACCUGAGGAAUUCCAGAAUGUCUUUGGAAUGUCCAUAGAGGAAUUCGACCAGCUCUCCCUUUGGAAGCAGAACGUCCUGAAAAAGAAAGUCUCUCUCUUCUAGUAGUCGGAGAAAUACGUUCUUUUACAAACACUGUCACGCAUCUGCACUUCUGCUUGUGAAAACAGUACAGGCGGUACAAGUUAAGGAAAGAUGAGGAAUGUGAUUAUGGAGCCAGCAAAAAAAAUCAGCUAUCCUUAUCGUUUGAUAAGCCCCAUAUCUGAUUGCAGCUAACAAUCAUAUCCGAGACUUUGAUGUCGUCUCUUUUUCUAGUUGCAGCUACUAUGUCAGGACUUCACUGAGGUUCUCUUCUGUGUGUGCUUAGUAAAGCUAUACACCGAUAUGAAUGCUACGAAUACACAUGAAACAGAUAUGAAUCACACCAGUUAUUUGAGCAGACCAAAUCCCUGCAGAACAUUUCAGAUGGACCAGCAGGAAUCUGUGAGUUUAAGUCACUGCCACACUUUUCAGCCUUUAUGUGCUAAGCAUGAAUUAACAAACCUUCAGAAUAUGGGUCAGUGACUUUUUUUGGUCCAGAUUUAUUCAUUUGUUAAAAAGAGAUUUAAAAUGUACAAUUUAUACAUAGAAAGAGUUGAAUAAACCUCUUCUUUGAUGAGCAUGAUUUUAUUUUCUGAAUUCAAUAAAAAAUCAUAAAAAUGACGGAACUGUCCUGAUAUAAAGAAGUUCUCGAAAAGAGAUUUGGCAUACUUUUUUUAUUUUUACUCUUUACAAAAAUGUGUAAUAUUUUAACAAAACUGCUUCACUGCUUAUUAAUGUUUUAGUUUUUUUUUACUUUUGUUGCUAAAUCAAAAUCAUGUGGUUUAACCGACAUGCAGGAAAAAGAUUGGAAAUUAACAUCAUUAGGUUAAUAUAAUAAUUAGACAUCUUUAUGACACGGCACUGAAAAUUCUUCAUUAUAAUUAUGAAUAACAAUUCAUGAAAUGUCCUUAAUUCAUUUCAAUAAAAAAUGUAAGGUAUAAACAUUUUUAAAAGCCAUAUAAAACCAGCAUACAUCAAUACAAAGAACACAAAUUGGCAUGUGCUUUAAAAUAGAUUUUUUUUUUAUUUACGUUUUUUUAAUUCUUUAUGGUGGACAGUCUCAUUUGUCACUGACCCAUAUCUGUAAAAGCAGCUCAGUAUUUGAAUUAAGCAAAUCAUGGAAUUAAGUACAAUUUAUACUAGAGACUCGAGACGCACAUGUUGCACACCCUCAUUCCUUACACCUUAACACCAAUAUUACCCACGCAAAUACCAGCGGCUCAAUAUACAGGUGUAGCAACAGCUGAUGAUUCCGAGUGAGAGUUUGCUGUUCCAAAGAGAGCUACUGUACAUUAGUGAGAGUUUACUGAAUAUUGGAUAUGAGACGUAUGAAUCCCGCAUGGCAAAUGUAUCCUGCUUUUCUUCAGUGAUGAUGGAUUGUGAAUUGUGGGUGUGAGCAAUACUUCUCCUCUUCCGCAGGAUGUAUAGAUCGAACCGUUUCACUCGCUCCCUCGAUCCUAUCGUCUUUUUCUCUCCCUCCUCCCCGUUUUGCUGCUAUUGCCUUUACUGUUUUGGUUCUAUCCUCUUUUGUUCUUGACGGGUGGACAUGUUUUUUAUAGUGUUCCUGUUUUAUAGGAUAAGGAUAGGUUCGGAUAUAAAGGGAUUUCAGACGUUAGCACCCGAUGGUUGCUGUUAGUCUGAAGGAUUGAUUUUGCAGCCCUGGUUUUUGCUUUGUGUAGCUUGACAAAUACAAGGUUGAGCAGAAUUCAGAGUCAAACAGCUUUUCAGUGCAUGAAUGUGAAUUUGAAUUGCAUUGGUCAAGACCCACAGGAUGUUAAACUGGAAUUAGAGGAAGAUGAAUUUACUGAACUGCUAUU